AUGGCGGCCCUGGGCAUCACAGUCGCGCUGCUGGUGUGGGUGGCCACCCUGCUGCUUGUCUCCAUCUGGAAGCAGAUCUACAGCAGCUGGAAACUGCCCCCUGGCCCUUUCCCACUGCCCAUCCUUGGGAACGUUUUCCAGGUGGACUUAAAGAACAUUCCCAAGUCCUUUACCAGGCUGGCAGAGCGUUACGGGCCAGUGUUCACCUUGCACCUGGGCUCGCGGCGCGUCGUGGUCUUGCAUGGCUACAAGGCCGUGAAGGAAGUCCUCCUCACCUACAAGAACGAGUUUUCUGGCAGAGGAGAAAUCCCCGCAUUCCAGGAGUUCAAGGACAAAGGAGUGAUUUUCAAUAACGGGCCGACCUGGAGGGACACGCGGCGCUUCUCCCUGACCGUCCUCCGUGACUAUGGGAUGGGGAAACAGCGCAACGAGGAGCGGAUCCAGCGGGAGACCCACUUCCUGCUGGAGGCGCUCAGGAAGACCCAGGGCCAGCCCUUCGACCCCACCUUUGUUAUCGGCGGUGGGCCCUUCAACGUCAUCGCCGACAUCCUCUUCCGCGAGCACUUUGACUAUGAGGACAAGAUGUGUCUGAGGCUGAUGCAUUUGUUCAACGAGAACUUCUACCUGCUCAGCACUCCCUGGCUCCAGUUGUAUAAUUAUUUUUCAAGCUAUCUGCGCUACCUGCCUGGAAGCCAUAGAAAAGUAAUGAAAAAUGUGUCCGAAAUUAAAGCCUACACUUUAGAAAGAGUGAAGGAACACCAUAAGUCGCUGGACUCCAACCGCCCCCGAGACUUCACCGACAGCCUGCUCGUGGAACUGGAGAAGGAAAAGCACAGUGCAGAGCCUGUGUUCACCUUGGAAAACAUUGCGGUGACCACGGCUGACAUGUUCUUUGCGGGGACAGAGACCACCAGCACCACUCUGAGAUAUGGGCUCCUGAUUCUCCUGAAAUACCCGGAGAUUGAAGAGAAACUUCAUAAAGAGAUUGACAGAGUGAUUGGGCCAAGCCGAAUCCCUGCCAUCAAGGACAGACUAGAGAUGCCCUACAUGGAUGCCGUUGUGCAUGAGAUUCAGCGAUUCAUCAACCUUGUGCCCUCCAACCUGCCCCAUGAAGCAACCCGGGACACAGAGUUCAGAGGAUAUGUCAUCCCCAAGGGCACGGUCCUAAUUCCGACACUGGACUCACUCUUGUAUGACGACCAAGAGUUCCCUGAUCCAGAGGAGUUUAAGCCAGAGCACUUUCUGAACGAAAGUGGAAAGUUCAAGUACAGUGACCAUUUCAAGGCAUUUUCCGCAGGAAAGCGGGUGUGUGUCGGAGAAGGCCUGGCUCGCAUGGAGUUGUUUCUGUUCCUGUCUGCCAUUCUGCAGCACUUUAACUUGAAGUCUCUGGUUGACCCCAAGGAUAUUGACCUCAGCCCCAUCACGAUUGGGUUUGGCAGCAUCCCGCCCCGUUACAAGCUCUGCGUCAUUCCGCGCUCAUGA